AUGGCCACCCUCCGCCCCGUAACCCGCGCCAUCAGCCGCGCGCGGCCCUCUCUCACAGCACCAUCCAUGCGCCUGUUACGUUUCAACUCCUCGCAACAACCCUCCGCCCGCGACCUCGAGGUCGGCGAGCUCCAAGGCGCCACCUUCCGAGUCGAGCCGCUGCGCCGCGUAGGCGAAGACCCCGAGACCAUGCGCGCCCGUCUCGUCUACCAAUCCCGCAAACGCGGCACGCUCGAAUCCGACCUCCUCCUCUCGACCUUCGCCUCGGCCCGCCUCGCGCGCAUGACCCCCGCCCAGCUGGCCGAGUACGACCGCUUCCUGGACGAGAACGACUGGGACAUCUACUACUGGGCGACACAGCAGGAGCAGAAGCCUGAGGGGGAGGGAUCUCAAAUUGGGGGGGCCGCGGGGGCGGGGCCGGGGCCGGGGCAGGUUGAUGCGCAAGCUGGUGCGCAAGCUGGGGGGAGUGCAGGUGCGAGUGCGAGUGCGAGCGAGGCGGUGCAGCAGUCGCCCCGGCCGGGGGAGUGGGCGCAGACGGUGGGGACGUUCAAGCCGGCGUAUCGGCCCGUGCCGGCGCGGUGGCGGGAUAGUGAGGUGCUGCGGCUGCUGCGGGAGCAUGUUGAGAGCCGGCGGGGGGCGGGGAAGGGGGGUAUGGGGUUUAUGCCGGCGUUAGAGGAGUAUAAGAAAUAG